UCAACUGACCAACAAAUUGCCCUCAAUACUCUCUCACAUAAAUUUCUCAUUUCCCCACCAAAACAACCAGCAGAGAUGGUGUGCUUCUGCUUUCUGGUGGACCAGCGGCGGGAGAUGCAGCGGAGCAAGCCGGCGGCCGGAAUCUGCUCCCGGUGCGGAGGCGGAGCCAGUGUUGCGGACAUGAAGACGGCCACAAGGUUCUGCUAUGUUCCCUUCUACUGGAAGUCGUGGAGAGCCAUUGUUUGCACUUUCUGCGGAGCCGUUCUUCGCUCUUACCAACACUGAAUCCAUUCAUCCAUUGAUAACAAAUUAUUAUCAUUAUUAUUUUCUAACACAUGCGAGUGUAUUCAUUCUAACUUCCAAUCCUUCCUAAUUAUUAUUAUUAUCAUGUAUUUAUUCUUUAUGCUUUGAUUUAAGUUUGCUAGAUAGGUUUCUUUUCCAUUGUCGUGUUAAUCGGAACUCUCUCAUUGUACUUGAAUUCGCAUAACUUAAUCAUAUAUUAUGAGAAAUUUCUUCCAAAA